CCUUUGUAGACGUCUUCUCUCCAGGACGCACGCGCGCUGUAUUCCCGCCUUGUGACUCUAGGCGGGCGAUUCCUGGGAGAGGGUUGAUGACGUCCAAGUUCUGGCUUCAUGGCGGCCCGGCGGCGGGGGACUCGCAGCGGUAGGGCACGAGCUUCUGUAGCAUUAAACAAAGCUGGAAGAGUUAAUAAUAGCAACGUAGCUACAGAAGACUGGCCUCCUGCAAAGAAAACUCGAAGAUGUGAAAGGCAGCGGGUAAAGAAGGAGCCUGUGACUGAAGGAAAGGCCAAUAAUGACAGGACAGAAGAUAAGCAAGAGUCUGUGAAGACUUUGCUGUUAAAGGGAAAAGCUCCUGUGGACCCAGAGUGCACAGCCAAGGUGGGGAAGGCCCAUGUGUACUGUGAAGGGAAGGAUGUCUAUGAUGUCAUGCUAAAUCAGACUAAUCUUCAGUUCAACAACAACAAGUACUAUUUGAUUCAGCUCUUAGAAGAUGAUGCCCAGAGGCACUUCAGUGUUUGGAUGAGAUGGGGCCGGGUGGGGAAAAUGGGGCAGCACAGCUUGGUGGCUUGUUCAGGGGACCUCAACAAAGCCAAGGAAAUCUUUCAGAAGAAAUUCCUUGACAAAACAAAAAACAAUUGGGAGGAUCGUAAGAAGUUUAAGAAGGUGCCUGGAAAAUAUGAUAUGCUAGAAAUGGACUAUGCCACCAAUGCACAGAAUGAAGAGAAAACAAAAAAGGAAUCUCUUAAAUCCCCCUUGAAACCAGAAUCGCAGCUAGAUCUCCGUGUACAGGAGCUGAUAGAGUUGAUCUGUAAUGUCCAGGCCAUGGAAGAGAUGAUGGUAGAAAUGAAAUAUGAUACCAAGAAAGCCCCUCUCGGGAAGCUGACAGCGGCACAAAUCAAGGCAGGCUACCAGUCUCUUAAGAAGAUUGAGGAUUGUAUUCGGGCUGGCCAGCAUGGACGAGCUCUCCUGGAAGCAUGCAAUGAAUUCUACACAAGGAUCCCACAUGACUUUGGACUCCGUACCCCUCCAUUAAUCCGGACAGAAAAAGAGCUGUCAGACAAAGUACAACUACUAGAGGCUUUGGGAGACAUUGAAAUUGCCAUUAAGCUUGUGAAGAUGGAGCUGCAAAGCCCAGAACACCCAUUGGACCAGCACUAUAGGAAACUACAUUGUGCCUUGCACCCUCUAGACCAUGAAAGUUAUGAGUUCAAAGUGAUUUCCCAGUACCUACAGUCUACUCAUGCUCCCACACACAGGGACUAUACCAUGACCUUGCUGGAUGUUUUUGAAGUAGAGAAGGAGGGUGAAAAAGAAGCCUUCAGAGAGGACCUUCAUAACAGGAUGCUGUUGUGGCAUGGUUCCAGACUUACUAACUGGGUGGGAAUCCUGAGCCAUGGGCUUCGAAUUGCCCCACCUGAGGCUCCCAUCACAGGUUACAUGUUUGGGAAAGGAAUCUACUUUGCCGACAUGUCUUCUAAGAGUGCCAAUUACUGCUUUGCUUCUCGUGUGAAGGAUACUGGACUGCUGCUUUUAUCAGAGGUAGCUCUAGGUCAGUGUAAUGAGCUACUAGAGGCCAAUCCUGAGGCAGAAAGAUUACUUCAGGGCAAACAUAGCACCAAGGGACUGGGCAAGAUGGCUCCCAGUCCUGCCUCCUUCAUCACUCUGAAUGGGAGUACAGUACCCUUAGGACCAGCAAGUGACACAGGAAUUCUGAAUCCAGAGGGUUAUACCCUCAACUACAAUGAAUUCAUUGUCUAUAGCCCCAACCAGGUCCGCAUGCGAUACCUUCUAAAGGUACGGUUUAAUUUCCUGCAGCUGUGGUGAAUGUCAAUGGUAAAUAACCCGGAUAAGAUGUGAUCUUCAAACAAGAAAAUGUGUAGUGUUGUACUUUUGACUUUUCUGAUAUUUUAUGUAAUAAAAAUAGCACAAAUCUA